AUGUUUCGUGUCGCUUCCUUAGGGCCCCUGCUGGCGGCGCCAAGGACAGCGAUGACGACGGCGACUCGCCUCCUGCACACGACGCUCCUCGUGCGGGACGGUGGUCGUGGCAACUUCUUUGCCUACCUGGGCCUGCAGCUGAACCCGGAAUUAAACGUGGCGGAGGUGCAACACGCGUACCACAAUCUGCAGCGUCGCGUCCACCCGGACCAAACCAACGUUCAGGCCAAAGAGGUUGAACAAGAACAACAACGGCAGCAGCAGCAGCAGCAGUCUGGAGCGACGCCUGUACAGGCUUUGGAAAGGGAAAAAAAUGUGGCGGCAGGUGGCGUGGCGGAUGCUGAUGAAUCCAAGUAUGCUAAUGUUGCCUACGAGACCCUGCGGGAUCCAUUUCUGCGGUGCAAGUACCUGGCGCGCCUGAGCCGCGCAGGGAAGGUAAAGGGGGCCCUACUGACGCCGGCUGAAGAGGAGGCGCUCAUGGACAAUGAUGAUUGUCGUAACAUGGAAGAGAACCGAAAACUUAUGGGGGGUGGAGCAGGAGAUCCCGUGUCUCUUUCGUCUGCGUUUCUUGAGGAAAUGAUGGCGGUGAAUGAAACGAUUUUCUCCUCUGAUGGGUCACAGGAGGAGGGCAAGGCGAGGCUGCAGCUUCUCGUUGCGCACCUGGAGGAGCGCUACGAUGAAUUUUACGACCAGGCAAAGACGCAUUGGAAGCAAAAGGACCUCCACCGGUUUCACCACUGUGUGGUGGAGUGGACGUACAUUCGGAAUGCUCUGCAGCAUGCGAAACGCCGUCUUGACUGA